UUCCUUGGCCCAAGCGUUCCUUCAAUUGGCUAAUGUGCGAGUCAAGUCAUCUUUACGCUGAUUUGAUUGGUUCACAGGCAGAUCUGGCUUUGAAGCAAGCUUCACAGACAACAAUUGCGGCCAAAGCAAUAUCUUGUAACUCCGCUGCCAAUUCCCAGACAUUACUAGAAGAUGAUCGAGGUGGUGUGCAACGAUCGUCUGGGGAAAAAAGUCCGAGUGAAGUGCAACUCUGAGGACACCAUCGGAGACCUGAAGAAGCUCAUUGCAGCCCAGACAGGAACGCGAUAUGACAAAAUAGUCUUAAAGAAAUGGUACACCAUCUUCAAGGACCAUGUGUCACUGGGUGACUAUGAGAUCCACGAUGGGAUGAACCUGGAGUUGUACUACCAGUGAACCAGAUCAAGACCGACCAAACAGCAGACCACCACGCAAACACGACUUCUGUUGCCGUUUUAAAAGGGGGGGAAAAAAAACAAGUUGAUGAUGCGAGAAACUUGAUGUCAUGUGAUUUUUGUUUUGCUAUCAUGGGAUUAAAGUUGAUUGAUUUCCA